AUGAAGAUUGAGUAUGCGAAGGAGGCAGUCAAGCAAGGUUCAACCUCACUAGGGCUUAAAUCAGACAGAAAUGUGGUUCUUGUCUCAUUAAAGAAGAGUCCACAUGACCUCGCAAGUCAUCAAGAGAAGAUCUUCGAUAUUGAUGAUCAUAUGGGUAUUGCCAUUGCAGGUUUAACUGCAGAUGCUCGCUAUCUUUGCAAAUUCAUGAGAAGUGAAUGCUUAAAUUAUUGGUACACUCAUGACAGCCAUCAUCCAACUGAGAGACUUGUCAAUAAAAUUGCCAAGAAGGCUCAGGUCAAGACCAGUCAUCCCGGAAAGAGACCAUUUGGAGUUGGAUUACUCGUAGGAUCUGUAGAUGAGACUGGAACUCACUUAUUCGAGACUUGCCCUUCAGGAAACUACUACGAAUAUAUUGCAAUGGCCAUUGGUGCUAGAUCUCAAUCAGCAAAGACCUAUUUGGAAAAGAAUUACGAGCUAUUCGCCAGUCUUGGCUGGGAAGAACUUGCUAAGCAUGGUCUUAGAGCCCUCAAGGCAAGUGCUUAGGAAACUGAAUUAACAGAGCAUAACGUGAGUGUUGGAUUUGUUGGAGCUGAUCAAAAGUUUAGACUCCUUACAGCAGAAGAACUUAGAUCUUACCUUGCAGAGAUUAAUGAUUCAAUGGAGAUUGCAUGA